UCUAAAACCCUUCAUUUUCCCAAAUCCUCCUGCAAAGAAGGCCAUCUCCAAUCCGACCAUCUUCCGGCCCCAUCACCACCACUGGCCCCUCGUGCCUGUCCGUUCAAUCCAGCGUUGCCACAACCUCCUCUACCAAAUGACAAAACAUCCUCUGCCUCAACCUUUUCCAUUUGUGCCUGUCAUCUCCAAACCGCCGCAAUCUCUUCAAAGUUCAAAUCGUGGUCGUCACCUCCUUCGCUGCAUCAUUUGUACACAACCAAGACGAAUAUGAGCUAUGUCUGUCUCUGAGAGAGUUGCUUUUGAAAGGGGGGAGAAAUUGGGUGAAUCUGUAAGCAGCUCAAAAUCUCAAAUCAUAGCCAUCUAACGUUAUGGAUUAUGAUGGAGUUUCUAUUUCUUCAUGUGUUUCUUUAAGGUUGGUUAUAAAGUGCGACUGGAGGGUAUGAAAGGGAGGGAUACUUCAUACUUCAUCUUCUCUUUCGCACUAUGGGUAUCUUGUUGAGAAGAUUGCUAGUUGUUAGAAAUUUGAAAGGCAUAACUCAUGUUAUUAUUGAUAAAAUUCACGAGCGUGGAAUGAAUGAAGAUUUUCUACUCAUUGUCCUGAAAGAUCUCCUUCCUCGUCGACCAGAAUUGAGGUUGAUUCUAAUGAGUGCAACUUUAGAUGCAGAACUUUUCUCAUCCUACUUUGGUGGGGCUCAAAUAAUUCACUUUCUGGUUUGGAAGAAUCCAUUUAGAGCAUUGAAGCCAAUUUGGAGCACUUGAUUGAUAUAACAUCUUUUGUAUGGUUGGUAGCAAACUCUUGCUUCUAAUGUAUUGAUUUUAGGCUUCUUGCUUCCAAUGUCAAUGUAUAUUUGUUUUUUUAUAUGGAAGCUACAUUUGAACUAAACAAGUGGUUAUUAGUCAAUGGGUGUACGAAAACUACAAAGUGUAUCAUUAUCUAUAUAUAUAUUAAAGUGUCGACUUAUUGUUUUCA